AUGGGCGAUUGCUGUACGAACAAGGUCAGCGUGCCGGGGUAUGUGGGCAGCUUGGCGGCGUCACUGCCAGGUGGCGGGGCGCCGGCCUGGGAGCGGUUGGGAGCCGAGCUGGUACUCUCUGGCCUGGUGGCGGCUGCCCACUUCGCCGCUAUGGAGCGACGUUGGACCGGAUCCGCGCCUGCUUUGCUGGGCGCCGCCUAUUGCGCGGCGAGCUUCGUAUCGAUGCCGUCGCUGAACCCGGCGCGCUCGCUGGGCCCGUCGUUCGUGCUCUCGCGCUGGGAGGGCCACUGGGUCAGCUGGGUGGGGGGGCUCGGGGGCGGCGUUGCCAGCGCGCUGCUGCACGAGUGGGGCGGCAGGCGGUCGCCCGCCAACAGCAACUCGCGCGCCUCCUCGCCGAGGGACCUCGACGAGCUGGACAAGCCCGCCUUCCCCACGCACUACCGCCACGCGUCCACCUACUGUACGGCGCCCCGACCAGACAACACUGAGCCCCUCUACUCUGGCACCAAGUCGAUGUACUGCCGCUCGCCGCCGCCGGCGCGCCACGCGCUGCACAGGUCAGCACUGGGGUCGGCGUGCCAAACG